AUGAGAUGAGAUGGGAUGGUGUUCAGUUAUUUGAUAGACAUGGAGAAGGUGGUAUGUAUGUGUAUAAGAGUGGGAGUAUGGGUUCGGGGUGUUGCAAUGGAAUUGAUUAAGGGACGGAGGGCUGGACAUUGAUAUGCCAUGCAGGCAUUUGAUUCGUCGAGUCCGAGUCCUGUACCUGAGCACAUGAAUGACGAAUGGCGAGAGAGAAAGAGAAAGGAGUACCGAACUACGGAGUACGAGGUAGAAAGUAAGGAAAAGGAAGAGACCAGAAGUGAAGAGAAAAGAGAAGAGAAGCAUAGAAGAAGGAUUGCAUGGUGAACAGUAGGAGUGCAUCAUUGAGUUGGUG